AAUUGAGCCAGUUCAACCAUGGUAUAAAUUUGCCCAUCCUCCACCCAAAUCACAACAGUGAAUCAGCAGAGCUAUUGGGAACGGGGAAUUAACUGCCACAUCGGAAGGGAUGGGUGUAAUAAGGAGUGCCUUUUCUCUCAUGGCUGGAACUCUUUUUGGGGUUUAUCUGGCUCAGAACUAUAACGUUCCCAACAUCGGAAAGCUCCUCAACUCCGGCCUUGUUAUAGCACAACACAUUGAAGAAAACUACCGUAAACCCUCCGCUACCACCAACUCCAACGACGACGCUGUCGACGUUUCCAAAUAAUUUACCAUCAUCUUUUAACAUUUCAGAAUCAGAUCAGUAGGAGAAAUGGGAAAUUUAUUUCUUGUUAAAAGGGUUACGGUUUCUUUCUCUUUUUUUUCUUUUAAUGUAACUUUUAACUAUCACUGGGUUAUUGCUGUAAGAUAGUAGAUCUUGUUUUCUUGGAUAUUAACUGAAAUUUCAACUUGUAUAAAAUUUGAUCUUGGCCACACAA